AUGAUUAGGAGGAAACAAAGAAUUUUAGUUAUUUUACUAUUUCUGACUUUUGCUCUUGUGUUUAGUUUGAGCAUUAAUUUUGUAACAGAAUGGUAUGUUGAAGUAGUAUCUCAUUCAUUCAUAUAUAGUAAUGAGCUCGAUGUUUUAAAAAACCUUGAGGAUUUAGUUGAUCCUACAAUUGGAACUGAUAAUGGUGGGCACGUUUUUAAUGGUCCUUGUUAUCCUUAUGGACUUGUAAAAUUAGGUUUUGAUACUGAUAACAAACAUGAUUUUCAUGCCGGGUAUGGACUUUAUUUCAUUGAAUUGAAAAGUAGUUCUUAUUGUAAUGAAUUCAUUAAUAAAUUUUCUAGAUAUACGAUUGAUGGUAGAAUAAUGGGUAUUACUCAUUUACAUGUCAGCGGAACUGGUGGUGAACCUAAGUAUGGUGUUAUUAGCCAAUAUCCCGUUGUUGUACCUUUAGUAGAAUUAAACCUUAAAGAUUAUAGUUCUAUUCGGUCAUUUGAAGAAUUCAAACUCGGUUAUGCUAAAUUUGGCCUUAAGGAUUAUAAUAUCAUGGUUGAAUUAACUGCUGGUCGACGUACCGGUCUUCAUAGAUAUACAUUUCCUCCCUCUGAUAAUGCCCAUGUUAUAAUUGAUUUGUCUCAUAUUCUAACUCAAGGUUACGGCUCUCGCUGGAUAAAUGGUGCGAUCUACUCUGUUUCUAAUAACCAAAUUAAAGGUAUAGGACAAUAUACUGGCGGUUGGAAUAAUGGUGGUCCAUAUAAAGUCUACUUUUGUUCUCAAUUUGACAUAAAUGCUACUGGAUUUGCAACUUUCUGGGAUGAAACCAUUUCUAAAGGUUCGACAUAUCAAGUUGGUGGUAAUGAUUUCUCACUAGGAGCUAUCCUAACUUUCGAUACGAAUAGAAAUCCUGUGAUUCAGUCUAGAGUUGGUAUAUCUUUUAUCUCCGCGGAUCAAGCUUGUAAGAGUGCUGAAACGGAAAUUCCAGAUUUUGAUUUUGAUGUUACGCAACAAAAUGUCGUUUAUGCUUGGAAGAAAGAAUUAUCAAGAAUUAGAGUUGAUGGUGGUUCAACUGAUUUACAAAAAAAAUUUUAUUCUAGUUUAUAUAGAACCAUGAUUAUGCCAAGUGAUCGAACCGGCGAAAAUCCAAAAUGGUCAUCGUUUGAUUAUUUUGGCAAACCAAUACCAAACUAUGAUGAUUUUUAUACUCUAUGGGAUACAUUUAGAACAACAAAUCCACUUUUUACACUUUUCCAACCAGAACGAGCGGUCGACAUAGUUCGAUCUCUUAUUGAUAUAUACGAACAUGUGGGAUAUAUGCCUGAUGGACGAAGUGGAAUGUAUAAUGGUAUAACACAGGGUGGUUCAAAUGCUGAUAUGUUAGUGGCAGAAUUAUAUCUUAAAAAAUUAGGAUUACAUAAUAUUGAUUGGAAACUUGCAUACGAAGCGGUAUUAAAAGAUGCAGAAGUUGAUCCGUGGGAACAAGGCCUUUACGAGGGAAGGCUGUUUCUUAAAAAUUAUAUAGAACUUGGUUAUAUCCCUUCUCCAGAUCAUAAAAGAACUGCUUACGCCAUUAAUCCAUGCAGCAGAACUUUGGAGUAUUCGGCUAAUGAUUAUUCAAUUGCUCUUAUGGCUAAAGAAAUGAGAAAGUAUGAUGAUUAUGUAAAAUACAAAAAAAGAGCUAGUAAUUGGGAAAACUUAUGGCAUCCAAACAAAACGUAUAUGGAUAUUAAGGGAUUCAUCUUGCCCAGGUUUCUGGAUGGUACUUUUGAUAAUGAUUGGAGAGUUUUAUUUAAAAAUGGUGGCGAAACUCCAUUUUAUGAGGGUACUUCAUGGGAAUACAGCCUUGAUGUCCCUCAUGAUGUUAAAAGGUUAAUUUCUUUAUCUGGUGGUCCGGAUGCCUUCGAAGAACGUCUUGACAAAACUUUUUCAAACGGCUAUUUAUCUUCAUUUUACAAUAUCGGUAAUGAACCUUCAUUUUUCCAUACUUGUUUAUAUCACUUUAUUGGCAAACAGUAUAAAUCAGUUGAUGUCAUAAGAGAUAUAUUAACAACGCAAUUCGGUAGUGACAAAGAUGGCAUUCCAGGCGCUAUGGGAAGUUGGUUUGCUUUCCAUGCAAUAGGAAUAUUUCCACUCGCUGGGCAAGAUGUUUAUCUCAUAAAUUCUCCACAUUUCGAUCAAACUACAAUAAUUUUAUCAAUAUCUCCUAUGAUAACAUUUUCUAUAAAAGCAAAUAAUUUAUCAAAUAAUAAUAUAUAUGUACAAUCAGCUAAAAUCAAUGGCAAGGAGUGGCAUAAAACUUGGUUUAGACAUAGUGAUAUAGCGAAGGGUGCUGUUUUAGAAUUAGAAAUGGGAAACGAAAUUAGUAAAACUUGGGGUAUAGUUGAUGCAAAUGGAGAACGUGUACCGUAUCCACCUAGUUUAAGCGAUAAUAUAUAA